AUGGUAUACUGUGGUAAACCAAGCAAAGGAUGCGGCGAGUGCAGGUCCAGGAAGAUUCGGUGUGACCAAGCCCAACCAGCCUGUUCGCAAUGCACCAGGGCCAAGCGGGACUGCCCCGGAUAUCGGGAUCAACUGGCGCUAAUGUUCCGCGACGAAAGCAAAUCAGUAGUCCGAAAGGCGGCAGCGGCCUCGACACAUAAGAAUAAACGAGCAGAUCGAUCGCGUCGCACUGCAAUCCAAGAAGGGAAUCCUGUGCGGUCUGAGCUCCGCACCGCAGUGGUGGAGCACUUUGACUUCAACACUGAUCCGCAGCAUGUUUAUCUUAUGCGACAGCUCUGGAAUUGCCCAUUGGAGGUCCAGCCGUCACAGGAGCUCGAAACCACCAAAUAUGAAGCAAUCUGUUAUUUCCUGCGAUCCAAUGCUAUUCCCGGCAGUCUCUGGACUAGCGACAUGAUCUCCAGUUUUCUGUUGCAGUCCGGAGGCCCUACGAGUCACGAGGCUAUGAAAGCAAGCGUGAUUGCUACUGCCACGGCCAUGCUCUCCCGAGUAAGAAGGUUACCAUCGCUUAAAGAUGUAGCCCACUGGGAGUAUGGAUCCGCUUUGAGAUUGCUUAACACCACUCUAGCCGACGUCGAGGAGGCGAAGACAAAUCAAACUUUAGGCGCUGUUGUAAUGCUUGCCAUAUAUGAACUGAUUACAUCAAGAGCCCCGGAGGAUCUUCAGAGUUGGACCAACCAUAUCAAUGGGGCAACAACCCUGCUCGAUAUACGGGGCACUGAUCAACUUAAGACUGAGGCCGGUCUGCGCUUGUUUUUACACCUUCGCUUUCAGAUUACCAUCAGUUGCCUACAACGAGACGCACGAGUGCCUGAGUCACUACUCGAAUGCACGAAAAUUGCGAUGUUUCUUCAGCCAGCAGAAGCUCACGGCAAUCGCCUAGUUAUGAUAAUUGGCAAACUAUCGAAUCUUCGCGCAGAUAUCUGCGCCAAUAUGUACAACGACGACCGAGAAAUCGUAUCAGCAGCGUCGGCCAUCGACGCCGAUUUAAUUGCUUGGCUGGCAGCUCUUCCCCCCGAAUUCAGCUACACCACCCAUGUAACCUCUCCCUUUGAUUCUGCAUCCCAAAAGCGACUGCGAGGCAUAUCGCCAUACGACGAUCAAUACCACGUGUACCCGUCCACCUGGGCUUGCAGUUCGUGGAACCAUUACCGCAGCGCCCGAAUCAUCGUCAGCGAAAUCAUCCUCUCCCGCGUCUGGAAGAUAUCCGACAGUUCCUCUAUGGCCUCGUUGUCCGAAGAGUUCCGUCUCCAGUGCAGGGCACUGCGAUCAACGAUCCGGCGAUUAGCCGUGGAGAUCUGUCGCAGUGUUCCGUUUCACUUCAACGCCCACCAUGUAAAUAGGGACUCUAGUCUCCCACCUGCUGAAACCUACCUUGGGGGUAUUGUGCUCCUCUGGCAUCUGUUUGUGGCUGGAGUUGUUGAGAACCCCCGACACGGGCUGCGCCGCUGGGUGGUCAAGUGUCUGGAAAUGAUUGGAAACACGAUGGGUAUCGACCAGGCGCUGGGAGUGGCGGAUAUCGUCGCUGCUGAUCCUGGGGUUUUAUAUCCUGUGGCCGAGGAAGAAGACCCUCAUUGA